ACUUGUGUGUGUCAAACAGUGUUGCAGGCUGUAAAAAUUUCAAAGCCAUCAAGAAAUUUUGCAACACUGUUAUAUCGCAAAAAUAAACGUCAACACAAAAUUUGUGCACCAUAAGUAAUGCAAACACAACUAAAAGCUACGUCAUGAAAAGUUAAUUAAAGUGCGUAUAUUUUUCUGUUUUAAUUAAAUUGUUUAUUUGUAAAAUGUGACAAAAUUCAAUUGCAAGCAAUUAAGAUAAAUAUAUUUCAAAAAGAUAUUUGCUAAAGUUGCUAACUGAUUACAAAAACAAGUUGGAGAAAAUUGUUGCUGACCAAAUGUUAAAAAAAAAUGUUGCAAAGAACAUAAAUGAAAAGCAAACGAAUAGUGACGAAGUAAUAAGAAAACGGAAAAAAAGCAACAAAGUAAAGGAGUAAUAUUAGCCUGAAUUAAAAAACAAUAUCAGCAGCUGGCAAUAAAAAUACAUAUUAAAAAUUUAGUAAAUUAUUUAAAUAGAAUACUCAACGCUUCUAGAGCAUUUUCCUUUAGAAAUUCCAAUACUCUCCGCAACACGCUGUUAUCCACUACUAUAACAAAAUAUUCAGUCGUCGAGCAAAACACAUGAUGUGGUCGUUCUUUUCGCGCGACUCCUCUAAAGAUUUUCCAUAUGAAAUUGGCGAGCUAGUGCCAGGUUUUGAAACGCAUUCCAUUUGGACGUUGCACAAAGGAAAACGUAAAAGCACACAAGAGGAAGUAUCUAUAUUUGUUUACGAUAUACGCUCUGGCUCGGAUGCGAAGCUAGAAUUAGCUAAAGCAUCAUUAAAACGUUUAAAAACUUUGCGACAUCCUAGUAUAUUACAAUUUUUAGACUCUAAUGAAACAGAAAAAACUAUAUAUGUGGCAACAGAACCAGUUGAGCCGUUAGGUACACAUAUUAGUAAAUUAGCAACUGAUGGACCACAAAAGGAUUUAUAUUUGGCUUGGGGUGUUUUUCAGAUCACACGUGCUUUAUCAUUUUUAAAUAAUGACGGCAAUUUGAGGCACAAUAAUGUGUCAGUAUGGUCUGUUUUUGUUAACUCAUCUGGUGAGUGGAAAUUGGGUAGUUUGGAAUAUGUGUCCGCAGCUGAUGGUAAUCCUAUGCCACCACUAAAAGUGCCGCCAGCUUUAGAAGUUUAUGAUCCACCUGAAAAGAACGAUCAAAGUAAAUUAAAAGCAGCAACAAAAUGCUCGGUUGAUAUGUGGGGUCUUGGUUGCCUUGUGUGGGAAUCAUUUAAUGGUCCAUUAAAAAUACGCUCGAAUCUCAAGGAUAUCGAUAACAUACCAAAAUCAUUACAAUCCCUUUAUUGUGAAUUAGUUGGUGCAUCACCAUCUAAUCGACCUAAUCCAGCUGAUAUUAUUACGAGAUGUCGUAAACCUGGAGGAUUUUUCAAAAACGAUUUAGUUGAUACGUUACUAUUCCUGGAAGAAAUACAAAUUAAAGAUAAAGCUGAAAAAAAUCGUUUCUUUAGUGGUUUGACGUUACAUUUGGAAAAUUUUCCAGAUAAUGUGUGCAAACAUAAAAUAUUACCACAACUGAUAACUGCAUAUGAAUACGGAGAUGCCGGUUCAGCAGUAUUAGCACCAAUGUUUAAACUUGGUAAAUUACUUGAUGAAGCAGAAUAUCAAAAACGUAUUGUGCCAUGUGUAGUUAAACUUUUUGGAUCAACGGAUCGUGUGACGCGUUCUCGUCUGUUGCAACAAUUAGAACUUUUUAUAGCGCAUCUGCAACCUCAAGUGGUAAAUGAACAAAUAUUUCCACAAGUUGCACAUGGUUUUUUAGAUACUAACGCCACAAUACGAGAGCAAACCGUUAAGUCCAUAAUACAUUUAGCACCAAAAUUAAAUUAUAAUAAUUUAAAUGUGGAAGUACUGAGACAUUUUGCGCGCUUACAAGCACGCGAUGAUCAAGGUGGUAUACGUACAAAUACAACUGUUUGUUUGGGUAAAAUUGCACCACACUUGCAUCCGCAGGUACGGCAAAGAGUAUUGGUAUCAGCAUUUAUACGUGCAAUGCGUGACCCUUUUCCACCAGCACGUGUAGCUGGAGUGUUAGCUUUGGCAGCAACACAACAAUAUUUUUUGCUAAGUGAAGUAGCAAAUCGUGUCUUACCAUCAUUGUGUUCACUUACCGUUGAUCCUGAGAAAACUGUUAGAGAUCCGGCUUUUAAGACGAUAAAGGGAUUUUUAGGAAAAUUGGAAAAAGUAUCAGAAGAUCCAAGUUUGCGUGAAACCAUGGAGGCUGAUGUGCAUACCGCUACACCUUCGAUAGGCAAUGCUGCUGCUACAUGGGCAGGGUGGGCAGUAACUGCCGUAACAGCGAAAUUUUACCGUAGCCAAAGUGAUUCCUCAAGACCAAGACCGCCAUUGACUGGUCGCAAUUUAUCAAAACCUGCAUCCUUAGAGCAACCUUCAAGUAGUAGUUUAUCAACCACAACGUCAAGUGUAACUUCAAUGACAUCACUGGAACAUGAAAGCAAUGAAACUUCAGCAUCUGCAUCGGAUUAUGGAAAUAAUGAUUGGGAUAAUGAAAAUUGGGGAGAAAUGGAUACAUCACAAGAUCCUACAAGUCCAAUGGCAAGUACCUCAAACAAUGGGCAAUUGACUGUUACAGCUGUAAUUGCCGAAGUCAGAGAUGGUUGGGAUAAUGAAGAAUGGGGCAGUUUAGAAGAAGAUCCUGGUGAGGAGGAAGAAGAAGAAGAGGAACAAGAAGUGCGGCAAGAGCAAUCUUUAACACGACAAUCUCCUAAUCAUCAACAGCAACGGUCACAUCAACAGCAAUUAAAACAACAUCAGAUAAAUGAACUUAUAGAACCGCUGGCGAAAUUAAAUUCACACAAUUUGAUAACAUCACCAUCGAAGCAAAAAGCAUUAAAUUUACGACCAAAAGAAUUACCAAAUAUAUCUACAACGCAAACGUCAUUUGCGAAUUGUAAUAAUAUAAGUCCCCCACAUCUGAAUAAUUCAACGAAUAACGCAAAUUGGAAUAGCGAUUCUUGGGCUGAUGGUGAAUUUGAGCCAAUCGAUGAUGCUGUUGGUAAUCCUAAACUUGAUGAAGCGCGCCGAAAGCGAGAGGAGAAAAAAUUACAACGGCAACGUGAAUUAGAAGCAAGAAGAGCGCAACGUAAUAGUGGUCCAAUGAAAUUGGGCGCUAAAAAGCUUUAAACUUUACUUUUGAAAAUUUGUAUUAUUUUAUUUCAAUUUUUUUUAUUUUUUGGUAAUUUUCAUU